AGCCCCAUCUACCUGUCCUCAAGCUGUCAACCUCCAUCUGACACGUCGUGUUUUUCCUUGUCCAGACGUAACUGCCAAAAUGAUCCAGGCGUUCCUGCAGCGCCUGGCGCAUUUCCUGGACCGCCCGUUCUUCCCAUGGAAGAAGCUGGUUCUGGGCUUCUCGCUCGGUCAAUUCGUCCUCGAAAACUGGUUGCUCUACCGCCAAUACGGUGUUUAUCGUCGCAAUGCUCGUCCCAAGGCGCUCGAAAAUGAGGUAGAUCAAACUACCUACGACAAGAGCCAGGCUUAUGGCCGCGCCAAAGCCAAGUUCAGCUUCGUUUCCUCCAUCUUCAAUCAGCUCAAAUCUCUCGCGACGAUUCAGUACAACUGGUACCCCCAAAUCUGGGCAAUCACUGGCGUCUGGCUCUCUCGCUUUGCUCCCACGUUUAUCUCUGGCGAAAUCGGACACUCGCUGCUGUUCCUCUUUACAUUCAGCUUGGUCGACACCGUUUUCAGCUUGCCGUUCACAUACUACCAUAAUUUUGUGUUGGAGGAAGAAUUCGGUUUCAACAAGUUAACGGUCAAGCUGUGGCUUACGGAUAUGCUCAAGGGCCAGGCUCUUGGUGUCGUCUUCGGCGUGCCUAUCAUGAGCGCGUUCUUGGCAAUCAUCCAGAAGACGGGCACUAAUUUCUUCUACUACCUGUGGAUGUUCAUGCUUGCGGUCCAGGUCUCGGCUAUUACGAUCUACCCGAUUCUGAUUGUGCCUAUGUUCAACAAGCUUUCGCCAUUGGAGCCUGGUGCUCUGAAGGAGGGCGUGGAGGCACUUGCCCAGAAGCUGAAGUUCCCGCUUACGGAGCUCCAAGUUAUCGACGGAAGCAAGCGCAGUGCUCACAGCAACGCCUAUUUCACUGGUCUGCCCUGGAAGAAGAAGAUUGUCAUCUACGACACACUUUUAGAGAAGAGCUCCAACAAGGAAGUUGAAGCUGUCUUGGCCCACGAGCUUGGUCACUGGAGUAUGGGUCACACCACAAAGUUGCUCUUGAUCAGCCAGUUCCAUUUGUUCUACAUGUUUGCGUUGUUCUCGGUCUUUAUCAACAACCAAUCUCUCUUCGAAUCCUUUGGCUUCUACAAGGAGCAACCAAUCCUCAUCGGCUUUCUCCUGUUCAACGAAGUAUUGGGCCCGACGGACUCGGUCAUCAAGCUGAUGAUGAACGUCCUGACAAGGAAGUUUGAAUACGAAGCUGAUUCUUUCGCCGUCCAGCAUGGCUACUCGCAGGAGCUUGCUGAGUCUCUCAUCAAGCUUCAGAUCCAGAAUCUCUCUGCUAUGGACGCAGACUGGAUGUACUCCAGUUUCCAUUACUCGCAUCCCAUUCUGACGGAGAGAUUGAGAGCAAUCGGCUACAAGGGCGAAAGGGCGUCGAAGAGCGAUGACAGCGCAGAGCCCGUCAAAGCCGCUGACCGAGAACUGUAAAGCCGCUAGGUUGAUGGCGAUGGUGAUGAUGAUUUAAGCAAUAAUCGCGUUACAUAUGGUGGCGCCUGACGUGGGCCGUUUGUAGGUAGUUGUCGAUGACGGCCGCUAGGUUGCCCAUACGUAGACUUGCUGAUCAUUACA